CACUUUAGGGAUAAGUUCAAUAGAACUUAAUCCGAACGAUUCGUUACAACUCUAGUGCUCAGUUCAACUCAGUUCAUGAACAACAUAUUUUGUUCGUCGUUUAAUUUUUGUUUUUUUAAAAUGGCUGAUACAAAGGGCUUUUCCAGCAUUGAAACACCCGGCUAUGUGGGCUUUGCCAAUUUGCCAAAUCAAGUGCAUCGCAAGUCCGUUAAAAAGGGCUUUGAAUUUACGCUUAUGGUGGUCGGAGAAUCCGGUUUGGGCAAAUCAACGCUGGUGAAUAGCCUAUUCCUGACCGAUCUAUAUCCGGAACGCAUCAUACCCGAUGCCAUAGAGAAACAAAAGCAAACUGUAAAACUGGAGGCAUCCACGGUGGAAAUUGAGGAACGUGGCGUUAAACUGCGUCUAACGGUGGUCGAUACUCCCGGAUUUGGUGAUGCUAUCGAUAACUCAAACAGCUUUAGCGCCAUACUCGAGUACAUCGAUGAGCAAUACGAGCGAUUCCUUCAGGACGAAAGCGGCCUCAAUCGACGCAAUAUUGUUGACAAUCGAAUACACUGCUGUUUCUACUUUAUAUCGCCGUUUGGACACGGUCUUAAGCCAUUGGAUGUGGAGUUCAUGAAGAAGCUGCACUCGAAGGUGAACAUUGUGCCAGUUAUUGCCAAGGCCGAUUGUCUGACCAAGAAGGAGAUAUUGCGCUUGAAGUGCCGCAUUCUGCAGGAGAUUGAAAGCCAUGGCAUUAAAAUCUAUCCACUGCCCGACUGUGAUUCCGAUGAGGAUGAGGACUACAAGGAGCAGGUGAAGCAACUGAAGGAAGCAGUGCCUUUUGCCGUCUGCGGUGCAAAUACCUUGCUCGAGGUCAAAGGUAAAAAGGUGCGCGGUCGCCUUUAUCCCUGGGGCGUUGUUGAGGUCGAGAAUCCCGAGCAUUGUGACUUUAUUAAGCUACGCACAAUGCUCAUCACACACAUGCAGGAUCUGCAGGAAGUGACACAGGAGGUGCACUAUGAGAACUAUCGGUCGGAUCGUCUCGCCAAAGGCGGCAUCAAUAAGGGCAAGGAGAAUGGCAUCAAAAUGGACCGUGAUAAUUGUGGUGUGCCCGCCCAGGCUGUGGCCAAUAGUGUCCUCUCCGAGAAGGAUCGCAUCCUGCAGGAGAAGGAGGCCGAACUGCGACGCAUGCAGGAGAUGCUUGCCCAGAUGCAGGCGCGUAUGCAGGCCCAACAGUGAGAGCGAGAGCGAGAAUAACAUAGAGAACAAGAGAGAGAGAAAGGAGAGCACAUGAUUGUGCAAUUUACAUAUAUAUAAGAUAUAAACAUAUAUAUAUUUUUUGUAUGCAGUUUUUAAGUUGCGAUUUGCGACUUCGUAACACGAUGGGCGCUAAUGUAUUUGUUUAUUUUUGCAUUCUAUAUAUAUAUAUAUAUAUAUACAUAUACAUAUAUAUAUUUAUAUACAUAUGUACAUAUGUGUAAGACAUGAUAACUAACUAUAACUAUAUAUUUAGCUAAAGUGAUUUUUAUACUUAUUAUUGUAAAAACAUCAAACGUCAAAGAUGUUAAAUCAAAUCUCAAGGCAUCUGAAAAACAUAUGUGCACACACUCAAACACACACUCACACACACUCAAACACACACUCACAAACUUCAUAUCACUCCUAAAAGAAGAUAAACAUUUAUAACAAACUGUAUUCCUAUUAUGUAUUUAGACAUUACGUCGUCUUGAUAUUAACAUUUGACUUAUGUGUAAAUCUUUAUUGUAAUCUGUAUUUUGUGUUUUUCGUAACACAUUUAAUUUUUAAGCUAAAACAAAAAAACAAAAUUCUGCCCAUGUUAAAACAUUUAAUAGUCUCAAAUUGAAAAAAGAAAACAAUAAGACAGCAGUUAUAUAUAUUGUACAUGUAUAUUAAGCCUUUUUUUAUAAUUAUUAUUUAGAAUGUGCUCGAAAUGUUUAUUACUUUAACUAAAGCUAAGAUAUUUUUCAAGUUGAGCAUUAAAUUAUCGCAGCUUACAUUUUAUUAUAUGUACUACAAUAACUUAAAUGUACAUUCUUGUAUUUUGCAUUGUCCACUCGAGUUAAAACUUUAAGUAAUCGAGCAAUUUUAUGAUAAUUUUUUUUUACUCUCUCGGUAAUUGCUUAUUGUCAAACUCACGCACUUAAUGUUAACACGAAUCCUUCGUAUUGCUCUGUAUAUGAACAAUUUAAUCCUUUACAUAACUAAUUCCUCCAAUGAAUACAUAUAUGCUUUUUAUACAAUUUUUAAAACCA